AUGGCCUCGCGUUCUCAAACCGACAGGCCCUCGACCCCAACCCCGCCAGAGUUCUCCACGGUACCAUCAGCGGCUUCGAUGGAUUUCUUUACGGUCAUUGCCAUGGCUAUCGUAACAGUAGCCUUUCAUGUCUUGCCGACGCGCUCAGAUCCAUGGUUUUUGGUCAAGCCCUCACCUCAAUUAGGUGGUUGGGAACUCAGUCACGACUAUGACGCUCUCACACAUCGAUGGGUCCCCAUGACACUUCCGUGGCUGGCAUGCGGGCUGUUGGUAUACCUUGUGCCGCCUGUCGUCUUCCUAGCCACAUUUUAUUGGAUCCGCGACACCAGAGACUUAGGCCUAUCGUGUUUCGGCGCCAGCAACUGUGUCACCAUAUCGGUCAUGUUCACCGAGAUGCUCAAAUACUUCAUUGGUGGGCCGCGUCCGUGGCUACUCUCAAUAUGCACCGGCGGCAGAGUCACUCCAACUCCAACAGACGCCAUUUACACCGGCUUGACAAGCGGACAACAUGUGCGCGUAAGGGUCCUCUGCGCAGAAACUAAACCGGCAUUGCUCGACCAAGCCCUCAAGUCGUUUCCUUCUGGCCAUACCGCCACCGCGUUCGCUUGUGGCACUUACCUGUCACUGUACUUUGGCUACCGGUUUGGUAUUCUCGGGACACGCUCACCAAGGCUUUACGAUACCGGAUUGGAUAUGAUGGGAGCGAGAGCGGCUGCCGGUACGACAUCGAUAGGCGAGCAAGGCCAAGAAGCACAGAGAGUACAGACACCACUGUCUAGCAGCGUUGUACUCCGACCCCAAGACUGUUUCGACGAUGGCUACGACAUCGCUCUCUGGAAGCAGCUCCUCGUCAUCCUUCCUAUGUUCGGCGCCCUCAUGAUUGGUUGCAGCGUGGUAUACUGCCACUGGCACCAUUGGUGGGAUGUCGAGAUGGGAGCGUUCAUGGGCGUUUUUAUCGGCCUCUUCUGUUACCGGGGGGUGUUCGACGGACGAUAUCCACGGCCUUUACGUCGGCAAAACUCGUUGGCCUACAUAAAGCGAGUGAUGCUCAAAGCCAAGGAAGCAUUCAGCUGGAGGGCUUGA